AUGCAGGCCUUGUCGACCCGGCUCCAGAACACAAAGGUCAACGACCUCGUCAAGCGCGUCGCCGAUGUCAUCAGCCAUCGCCUGCGUUCCAGCCCGCAUUCGGUCAACGGCUCCAUCCUGGCGAGAUCGCACGACCAGGAAAUCUUGGUCGACCGGGACACCGCUGCGGUCUAUGUCAAAGCCUACUUUGACAGAGUACACCCCUUCUACCCCUUUCUCGACCAGUCCGACUUCGAAUCCGCCCUGGUCGACCCCGACCUCCCCCGACGCCUAUCAACCAACAAAGCCUUCUCAGCCCUCUACCACUCCGUACUCGCGCUCGGCAGCCAGUACUGCGGCUACGGCAGCUUCGAGCCGGGCAAGUCGCGGUCAUGGCAGCUGUUCUCCGUCGCCUUGGCCCUGUUCCCGGACCUGCUGACCCUGCCGGACUCGCUGUUGACGCUGCAGGCUCUGACAUCCAUGGCCAUCUUCGCCCUCUCGGUGUCGUGCAUCCAGAUCGAGCAUCUGAUCAUUUCCGAGGGGGCGCGACGCGCUCAAAAAGUCUCGUUCGGCCAACCUCGAGACGGGGGUCUUCCUGACUCGUACGGUCGGGUGUUCUGGGUGUUGUAUACGAUUGAGAAAACAUCUAGUUUCUAUUAUGGUCGUAGUUCGAUCUUCAACGACUCUGACAUCGGUCAUCCCGUCCCUGCCAUCUCCGAAGCCUUCUUCGGCGACUACAACUGGUUCCUCGCCUCGGCGCGUCAUGCCCGCCUCCUCUCGCGAGCCUACACGUCCUUGUUUUCUAUCGGCGUCACCGGCAAUUCGCGCGAAUACUUCAGCGCCACUAUCGACCAACUCCACGCCGAGCUGGAACAGUGGCGGUUGUCGAUUCCCGCGGCAUUGCGGCCCGGAACUGCGUUUUGGUUGCCUGAACGGUCGUCGACUAUGUCGUUAUCUGAGCCUGUAUCUGGCCACACUCACACCCACACCCACACCCCGUUGACGUUGAUGACCCCCGUCGCUCUCUGGACCCAUUAUCUCUACCACAGCGUGCUGCUGGCCCUGGCUCGCGCCACCCUGCAUCUGGACGGUCGCCCGUCCCCCGGCGAGGCUGAAGCUGGAGCGUCAGAUCCGAAUCGUCUGCUGAAGAGCAAGCAGGCCAUUAUGAAUGCGUCGCGGUCUAUUCUGGAAUUGACGCGCUUUAUUGACGUCGAGCCUUAUACGCCAGUGUGGGUUCUCGUCGGUAUUCCCGUCGCCGCUCUCUUCAUCUUAUUCGACCUGAUCAUCCAUAACCCCAAGCAUCCCGAGACCGGCAGUAACCUGGCCCUCCUCCACGUCGCCAGUGGCCACUUCAGCCGCAUCGAAUAUGCCAGCUGCGGCGGCCUGCCGGGCUCCAUGAUCUCCGAGUUUGCCUUCAUUGCCAACGAAUACGUCAAGACCGUGCAGUUGAGUUCUGCUAGCGAGCACCCUCCGGAGGUACUCAAGUGGCCGACACUGGAUAUAAACGGUAAUGGCCAGUAUCAGUAUCAGCGCCACCAGCAACAACACCAACAACAUCAACAGCAACACCAGCACCAGAACCAACAGCACCAACAACACCAACCGCAACAUCAACAACAUCAGCACCAACAGCACCAACACCAACAACAACAUCAGCAACAACACCACCACCACCAACAACAACAGCACUUGGAUUAUUUCGCCCCUUUGGCUACGGCUUCAGCUUCCCAAUCCUACCUUCCAACCAACACCAACACCAACAGCAUGGUGUCUUCAUUUUCUCGGCCCCAGCCCCAGUCCCAGCCGCUAUUCGGUUCACAGGUCGACGACACAGUCCCGAAUCCCACGUCCACAUCCAAUCAAGUCUCAAAAGAUACCCCGACCCCGAUCAACCACGUCGUCGAUACCCAAGCACAGACCCCCAUCAACGUCGUCGAUAAUAUGUUCUACCCUAUCGAUGAUCCCUACUACAUGCAGAACGACCCGGGCUCCGGCUCGCUCAUGGGCACCAACAUCAUCGACCUGUUCGGCUCGGUUGUCCCGGGCCUCGACUUCAAUCUGGGGCCGUGGGGGGGUUGGGGAGGAGGUCAGCGCGACCAGAUGACCAGUACGAGUGUGAGUGGGAAUGUGAGUGCGAAUGUGGAUGCGGACCAAAAUGUGAAUGCGAAGACGUCUCUUUUGUAA